GGCGACACCGGGACAGCAUCCCCCGGCAGGAAUUUUCUGUGUUGCUGCCGUGUUUCGCGAGUCGUCGAGUGGUGGAGCCGGUCUUUGCGCGCUAUGGCCAGGUCUUCGUGGAUGUGGCCCAGGUUCUAAUCGACAACCCUCCGACACCAUUACAACGAGACAAAUUUUAUGGAUCGCUGUCCAUCAUCUUCUGGUAGGGGUAGCCUGACUGGAUUUCUCCUGAUUCAAACUUGACCAGGGAGGGUUAGACAUGAAGUACGGAUGCGUAAGGGGAAUGCUCAGGCUAUCACUCUACCAUGGAUCCUGAGAGUACUGUAAAUCGCUAAGAGAGGAUGAACCGUCUGGAGUCGGAAGGCGUGCCACUGCAACUGCAGGGCAAGCAUGUCGGUCACGACAGGAUCGUCACACGAAGAGGGCAAUUUGUAUCACAAGUUGACGCGCGGCGUGCAGCUACAAGAAGGACUAGGAGCUGCGGUCGUGCAUCUUCGUCUACACUAGAUGACGAACAAGAAUUGCCGUCGGAGUUGCUUCCAUUGACUCUACAACAUCACGUGCCUUACAUACUGCACAGUUACGCGCAGGUGAUGUCACAAGCUGGGUUCGAGCCUCAGGUUUCACGCCUCCGGAGGUUGUUCCAUGUGCUUGUGAAGCCUCUGUCGGACACCGAUGACACGGCAACAUCUGCUCUUGGGGCGUUCGAGUACGCGCACCUCUCGGUGCUGGCCUUCGCAUGUCGGCUGGCCCGCUGGGACGACGCUUCGUUUUGGACUUGCAUCUCGGUGGAAGUGAGGCGCCGCGCGACUCAGUUCCCUAUUCGCUCUUUAGGCACGCUGCUGUCCGCAUUGGCGCCUCCUAAGGACGAGGCCACCACUUCAUGGUCUACAAAUAGCCGUAUCGUGAACGAAGAGGAUCCCGAUCUGGUCUUAGCGUUGAAAGAAGGUAGCGAGGCAACCGAGGUAGUGGUGAAGGAUCUCCGAACCUUCAUCGAAGAGAAGCUCUUCGAGCGACUCGAAGAGCUGUCCUACCACGAAAUCACGCACCUUGCUUCAUAUAAGGCCAAAAAUAUAUUUAUUCUGAUCCUAAUAACUCGAAAGAUGAAACCAGCAGAGAAUUUAAUAAAGUGAAAGUACAUAUAAAUAUUAUGAUGUCCACAAAGAGUUUAUUCGAACUCAUGCUCAGAGGAUGUGGUGGAAGUGGAAGUGCAGCAUACCUCACGGAUGAGAUCACCAAUAUCCUCUUUAUCGAAUGUAUUGACCUUCUGUGCUACGGCUGUUGCUACUCUGCCAGCGAAUAUUUUUUCUUCGACGGGACGGUAAGGGAUAUUAUCGUUAGCACAACUACGUGAAGAAUGGGUAUAUCAUACCAUUAGCGCUACAACAACAACUAUGACAUGCUCCUAGCCCGCUUGGUCAAUCAUUCUAACAUAACGUUAGAGUUAGAACCGAGUGCAGGAAAGCAACAAGGUCGAAGACAAAGCUUAUGUCAAAGGAUUCUGGAAAGCAGCUACCUCUUUCCGCCUGCUUACUUGGUAUCCGUUUUCCAUAGUUUGGUGCGAUGGCGAACUGCGACGGCACAACCAGGGUGGUCUUCUCUAGCUCCAGUUGUAUGGGUCUACGUACUUUUUUUCCAUCCGUAAAAACCGGACCCAGGCGACGCCCUUUUUACGUCAUCAAUGUAAAUCAGCAUGUAUAAAUAAAAGAACAAUUCAUAACAAUGAAAAAGUGUAUCACGAUAAUGACCAACUACAAUGUAAGAGAUUCAUACUCACUUCGUAGUGACAAGGGCAUACUAGAAUAAAAGGGAGUGAAAAGUAUAGCCGGGACUGUCUGGAGGAUGGAAAAGCCUUGAUCUUCCAAACUUCGAGGUAGAGGAGACGUCUGCUGCUGCAGUGCCACUGUUCGCAGAAACAUUGACGUAUCUGAUGAAGCAGUUGGCCGUUAAGAGUCGGUAUUUUAGCACCGGCGACGUGAAGCGUCUAGUGUCCGCGUUGACAUGUACCCCAACAAGAUCGAGUAGAACUACGGGGGGCGUUCCAGCAGCUGACACCAGAGGCACUUCAACACCGAAUUCAUCGACUAGAACUAGCGUUCCUGCAGAUGGCAACGGAUCUGCUAUGAUGUUAAGGCUCAGUAGAGUAAUAGAUACAUAUCAAUGCGGAAUCUUAAAUGCGGAUCCUCGAAGCAUACAAAUAAUUACUUGCACAUGGUGACAGAGACAGGGAGGUGGACACGACGAGCAAUAUCAUCAUGAAGUAAGUGUUCGUCUCUCUGUUUUUAUUGAUUCUAUGACAUAUAUAAGAUUUAUUCCCAUUCCCUACUGCGAACCUUUAUAUGAUCCAGGGCUCGGGCCUACGGUACCCCCCCUAGCGCGGGGGGGCAUCGUGCAGCCCUGGACCCCUUUUGAAGGCGUCUGCCAGGGGUGGAAGGCCUCAAAAGGGGCCCGAUGGACCUUCUCCGCUCCCUUCCUCUGCAGGCCUCCGAUGUAGGCGGAAGGCCUCAAAACGGGCCCAAGGGGCCGCCCCCGCUCCCCUCCAGCUGCCUGCCUGUGCCUUACAUGCCUCCUAUAUGCUUCGCCGCCGCUGCAGUGCGCCGGCUGUGGAAGGCCUCCGAAGGCGGAAAAAGGCGAGGGGCUGGACCCCCUGAGCCGUGCGGCCUGUACCCUCCGGGCCCUUGGUCAUCUGCUUGCCUGCUCUUGAGACCGUGGCCGCCUUCGGCGGCCUUUUACCCCGGAGGCCUCCAGCCUGCGAGGGUCAGCAGAGGCCAGGAGGGCCCUGAGGAACAUGCAGAGAGGCGCAAGGGGACGCCCGCGCCCAGUUUUGACGCCUCUCACCGCUAGCACCCGCGAAAAUCAGCGCGGAAAAGACUACACCACAGACCAUACCACAGGGGGAGGGACUGCGCAGCCCGAAAACAUAUAUAAGAGAUCUAUGCAGCCUUAUUCUUAAUGGAUACGCCAAGAACCAUCAUGAAGCAUGAAUACUUAGGUCUAACCUGAAGAAGGCGAUACGCCGUGGCGCGAAAUCUACACGAAAGUUUGCAGAGGGAAGUGAUGCGAAGGCAGACGGAAAUGACUCAGGCUGAACGGGCUAACUGUUUCCAGAUUCUGAAAGCUAUGGGACCCCAUGAGCCGUUUUUGCCGUCGGUCUGAGGCGCUCGCGAGAGCUUGACGUGCAAGAUUGCCGCUGCGUUGGCAAUCUUCAAAGAAGAGAAAAAUAUAGAGAUAUAAAAGGUCAGCAUGAUGCUCAAGAACCGACGCCAUUGCUAGGCUUCUCCAUAAUAGUAUUUUCAAGAGGUGGAGAAGAAACAAAUGAAAGACAAAGCAUCGAGCGCCUUACUGCAGCAAAGUAAUUAACUCGCGCGUUUCCAAUCGUCAACUAGAUCAACAAGGAGAAGCAGCAGCCUAAAACUUCCCGGGUGUUCUUGCGGGUAUAAAGAAGAAGAUGAAGAUGCGCAAGGAUCUUGUCGAGAGAAGAAGACCCAACAAAAAGGCCGCUGGAUAAUGCCACGCUUACAGUUUUCACGUCAUAAAAAUUGAAAUCUUCAACGUUAAGCACGAACAGAAAAAUCUUGUGAGGAGUGGCGGCGCCUUGUUACGGUGCCACCUUAUUCCUGCUGGUCUUUGCUGGAUAAAGUAGGCGCUUUCUAGAUCGCCCUAAGGUCACAGCUUUCAAGUCAAUAGAUUUCGCUUUCGGCUUUCAAGGGCAGCAACGUCGUGGAGAGAGAGGAAAAGUGCUGGCGGUGGUGAGAAGAAGAAACGAAAGACGAAAAGCGAGAACUCAUAGAUACACGCUUCGCGAUCGUAGUGCUUUCUUCUUACACCACACACAUAUAAAGAGAAAGCCAGUCAAUUAGUAUUAACAUGCUAAAAAAAUACGGGUUAGUCAAAAUACGCUGAUGGCCUGCGUAUUUUUCUGUUACAAUUCUCUCAGCGCCGGCAAAUGUCGUAUCACGGUAUUGACCGCGCCAGCAAAUCAAUGAAGAUUUCUUGGUGCAAGUCUAUCUCUCCGCGCCUACUUAUUUUUCUGUUACAACUCACCUCCCUGCGUCGCGUGCAGGUUCUACUUCUAGGCACGGAGUAAGGCACAGGCAGUUGAACCAUGGGACACGCACGCCCUAGCCGACCACUAUUUUGCAGUCGACCUCCUCGGGUCUGCACAUUUAUACUAGAAACUUAGCGUUCUAAUCGCUAUAAAAUGACACACGUCCGUGAGUUAAUGUGUUUCUCUAUUGUAGCCCAUGCAAGUGCGUACUCGACUGAGCGGUGAUUGAGGAUAUCAUGUACUACCUGUGUUCCAACGCGGCCCAGAACAAAAGGCACCAAGAGAACCUGAGGGAUUUCUAUUUUUCAAACGGACGACGAUCACACUCUGCUGGUGAAGAUGUGAAAUUCAUCGGCAUCAAUCUGUAUCACGUCACAUCCGUUAAGGCAUGCCUGCUCACGUUCUGAGCCCCAACCUGUAACUUUCUUCUAUUCCCUUCGGUUUUUGGGCUACAGGGAAUGAAAAACUUAGAAAUUGACGCUGUACAAUAGCCAUCCUCUACUUACUUCUAUAGCUUGUAGUAGCUGCAUUAUCUAGCGAACAACAGCAAGCACUUUUUCUCGUUCUUUAACAAGUUGAAUGUUGUCGUUCGGAGGAGCAAAAUGCAGAAGUAAGCAAAAA